UUCCACUGUUAACAAGUUCUUGCACAGUCGACGAUUGCUCACCAUAACACAAUGAUGUUUUGUUGACAACAAUGGAUUACACGUGAGGAUGGCAUCUGGAGGAAAACAAGACAGUAGACGACUAGAGGACUCUACAAUGGAGAGCCUGGCAGAAGUGUUCCGGUGCUUCAUAUGUAUGGAGAAGUUGAGGGAUGCUCGCUUGUGUCCACAUUGUUCCAAACUCUGCUGUUUUCUAUGUAUUAGGAGAUGGCUAACUGAACAAAGAUCACAAUGUCCACACUGCAGAGCAUCUCUCCAUAUCCAUGAGCUGGUGAACUGUCGCUGGGCAGAAGAGGUCACAAACCAGCUGGAUACUUUAAAAGACUGUACCCCCACCCCAAAGAAAGAGGACUUGGAUAAAGACAAGUGUGAGGACCACCAAGAGAAGCUGAGUGUGUACUGCUGGACCUGUAAACAGUGUAUCUGUCACCAGUGUGCUCUAUGGGGUGGGACACACUCUGGCCACACAUUUAAGCCACUGGACGAUGUGUAUAAUGAACAUGUGAAGAAAAUCACAGAGGAACUGAAUCAGCUGAAGCGUCGCCAUGUAGAACUCAUCAGCCUUGUGCAAGAUGUGGAACGCAACAUAGAAGGAGUAAAAACUGCCAAAGAUGAGAGAGUCCGUGAAAUCAGAAAUGCAGUAGAAUUAAUGAUAGCACGACUAGAGACACAACUCAAGUCCAAACUUCUGACAUUGAUGGGUCAAAGAGGUCAGGUGACCCAGGACACAGAAAAGCUGGAGACCCUGAUUCAGAAGAUGAACCAGAAACUGAUGAACAGCGGAAAAAACGAUCUGAUCAGCCAGAGCACAGAGCUUCUACAGAUGUUCAAACAGUUCCACUGUAAACCUAUGGCCUCCUUUGUCACUGCCCCUGUUCCUGCCGAUUUUACUAGUGAAAUUGUCCCUCAGUAUGACACCAGUACAUUUGUAAUGAAGAACUUCAGUGUGUUACAACAACGAGCAGACCCUGUGUACAGCCAGCCAUUGCAUGUAUCAGGCCUCAGCUGGCGACUUAAAGUCUAUCCUGAUGGCAAUGGAGUUGUCAGAGGGAAUUACCUGUCAGUAUUUCUAGAGCUGUCUGUAGGACUCUCUGAAAAUUCAAAAUACGAAUACAGAGUAGAGAUGGUUCAUCAAGCCUCCAGAGACUACACAAAAAACAUAGUCAGAGAAUUCGCUUCAGAUUUUGAAGUAGGAGAGUGCUGGGGAUACAACAGAUUUUUCCGCCUGGAUCUUCUAGCUAGCGAGGGUUAUCUGGAUACAGACACCGACACACUGAUUCUGAGGUUCCAGGUUCGACCCCCAACCUUUUACCAGAAGUGUCGAGAUCAACAGUGGUACAUCAAUCAGCUGGAGUCAACUCAUACACAACUAAUUAAUCAGAUCACGGAUCUCAAAGAGAGAUUACUGCUGCUGGAGAUGUCCAGAAACAAAGGCUCUGGCAAAAAGGGUGGUGCAUCAGCUGAAUCGCCCCUUCCCCUGAUGGAUCCCCAGGGCAGUGGUGACGGAGCUCUUGCCCAACAUUCCAUUCUGUACCCCAAACCAAUCCAUCCAAACUCAGGCUCAGAGAUCGAGAUCGAGUUGUGUGAGGAGGACCAUAUAGUGAAGGAUGACAGCUCCACAGCUGACUCCAUGGAUGAGAUCAGUCAGUAUGACAUUGAGGACUGUGAACAUGACCAGGAGCCAGGAACCACAGAAAACAAUGAUGAAAACGACAUUGACGAGGAAACAAUGUCUGUUGACAAUGAUGUGGAGAAUAACUGUGAGGAGAACAACCUGGACAGACUGGGCGCCCACAGCUACACCCCCACCAUCCCUAACAUAACGGACAACAGUGUUGUAGAUGAUGAGGCAGUUCUGAUGCAGUUUUUACAGGAACACUCUAAAUAUGACAACACUUGGAAUGUGGGAAAUGAUGGUUCAGAUGAUAGCCUCAGUUCCGAUUGGCUAGACAGCGUUCUAAAAUAUACCAAAUCCACUAGUAGUAGUGCCAGCAAUAACAGCAAGGAUUCCAGGGAGUCCAAAAAGGACACCAAGCCCAAGCCCCCUCCCAACAAGCCAGCUAUCCCAGCCAAACCCACCACUGCCAGUAAGCCUGCCCCGCCCCCUACCACAGACUUUAUGCUGGAACACAUCCACCAGCGGUUUACUGAGCUAGCAGCUUGUACCCUGGCCGCGGCAAACAGCGCAGUGACAAGUGAGACUGAGGCUCGUGCCAUGGUGAAAUCUGAUCAUAGAGAGAAGAAAGAAAAAGUGCAAAUUCCAUCACUUGAUUUGUCCAAAAAUGACUCUGGAAGCAAGUUUAAGAAAGAAAAAGAAAAGAAAAUUGCAAAUAUUCCAUCAACAGAUCUAGAUGGAGUUGUGGCCCUUGAUCUUACCAGUGCCUCUCUUGAACAAGAGACUUUGUCAGACAUAUCCUUGGAUGACAUUCCAUCACCUCGCUGUUUCCAGUCCCAGCUACAGAUAUCAGCAGCCAUUCCACACAGUCCACCAGACCAAGAGGGAGGAAGGAAGAAAAGAAUGAUUAUCACCAAAAAUAAAGUUCCUGCAGCAGCAACCGGAUCUCAAAAAGAUCAAGGAUUGCCCUGGUCACUUAAUUUUGGAAAGAAGGCAAAUAAGCCAGACCAGGUCAAGGACAUAAAGGAUAAAUCUGGGUCAACGGUCACUGUGGGGCUCUCCUCUGUGGUGGUGGAUAAACAUGGAGCAAGCAAGGAUAACAACAGUGCAUCAGGGGCCAACAAUGAUCUCAACACAUCCUCUGAUUCAUCUUCAUCCAGCUCUGGCCCCCUGGUGGAAUUCAGCUCCUCCCAGUCCAAUGCCAAGGAGGCCAGGCCAGAGAGUGGGGAUGGGGGUGAUGAUACAUCUGUUGUCUAAUAAAUCAGGAUCCAACAAUCCACAGUUUGUAAUACACAAUCCACUGAUCCAUUCCACAUCAUAUCGUCAAGAUGAAGAAAAACAUUUAUCAUUCAGUCUGGAACAGAAACUACAUGUAUCUGAGAGAAAGGAACAUCUUAGUCAGCACUGAUCUAAAAAUUAAUAUUCAGGGUUUAAAUUGUGAUAAUGUAACUUGUUGUCUAGUCAAGAGGAUCAUACCGGAUACAUUGCCAAGUGAAUGAAUGUGGAAUUUUAUUAAUCAUCUUUACUUCAUUAUGAUGAUAUCUUCAUUGUUGCUAUUUUUUUUUUAUGAUGCUGUUUUGUUAUUUGCCACUGUUUGCAUAAAGAGAAUUUCAAUCUCCACCUGAUGGAACUUUGGACCAGGUAUUGCUCUAGGUUUUCAAUUGAACUACUGUAAUUAUUGUUUGUAGAUGUUUUUGGACUAAAUUAAAAGUUUUAGAGCUAUAAAUGAAUUGCUGUUGGGUAUAAAGGGGUAGGGGGUCAUAACCCUAGUACACCAGUGAUGAAUAUCAGACAUUUGUAUUAAGCAUUUAUUUUGUUGGUUCAGGUCAAAAUAUAAUGUAGACGUGAUGAAGGUGUCUAUUGUGGAUAUUAGCAUUGGUGGAAAGUAUAAAGUAGAUGAGACUGAAAAACAAAGCCAUGCUUAACUGUUUUAUUUACAUGUGCUUAAAUAAGAUUUUGAAGGAAACACUGACUUUUUUGACUGCUUGUUUGGAUAUUACAAACUACACCGUGGAGAAUCCUUUGGUUUCUGAUGGAUAUUACAAACUACACCGUGGAGAAUCCUUUGGUUUCUGAUGGAUAUUACAAACUACACCGUGGAGAAUCCUUUGGUUUCUAAAGCAGUGAAUUGGGGUCUCGCUUUUAAAUUGAAGUUGGCAUAUGGAUUGUGCUAUAUAUUUUUUUUUACAUACAUUAUUGAAGAAUAUUGACUGUGAUGAUUUACUGUGUAGUGCAAGUACAAUUUUGUUGUUUUUAUUACAAUUAGUACUACAUACAUUGUACUUGAUCAUAUUGCCUGUGUGUUUUUACAAUUGUGUUUGAUUCCAAUGUAUAAAUGUUAACUUGGUGUUAUAUUGCUAUUUAUUUUGCUAAUUAAACAAAAUUUGACAUUUUU